AUGAUGCUCCAGUUAGCUGAUAGGACCAUGAGGUACCCAUAUGGCUUCUUAGAGGAUAUCCUAAUGAAAGCCAUAGACUUAGUUAUCCCUGCUAAUUUUUAUGUCUUGGAUAUGCCUAAUGAACAAGGUGGGGAUGGGACCUUAAUUUUGGGUAGGCCCUUUCUAAGAACUGCUAAUACUAACAUUGACAUGCAAAAUGGGUCUAUCACUAUGUCUUUAGAUUACACCCAUCCCACUCCAUCUAAUUCUACUAUCACUAAUAAUACACUUAGGAAGUCUUCUACUAACCCUCUUGAACUCGAGAAAGGCCUUGUUUUUUAUGUUAAUGCAAGUGUUAGUAAAGCUGCAAAGACUUCUAAGAAGAAGAAGUGCUUCAACCUUUUCAGGGAGCUGCGUGCCCUGAAUGUUGUGCAUGGACCAGUUAUAACUCCAGUUGCCCUCCACUCUACCGUCUCUACACCCUCAACUAAGAAAGCUAAUCAAGAGACAGUGGUUACUCCUACGGAUAGCAAGAAAGUGGAUUCUGAGAAAGAGAGUAAAAAGCCUACAUCUCUCAAGCUUUGUUCUAAGGCGAAGAAGAAAAUUAAGACACCCUCUGCCACUUUCCCUCCUCUCUCCAUUGACCACUACACGGUCAUUGAUCUGGUCUAUGAAGACCCUUUCCUAUUAACUCCUGAGGAGGCUGUAAAGAUUAAAUCUGGUGCUGAGGUGUGGGCUAUGCUGUCCACUUAUCAGACGCCUAAAGCUGAGAAAAGGGCCAAAUGGAUUGGACCCUUUGAAGUUCAGUCAACAUGCCAGCAUAGGAAGGUUGUAAUGAGGGAUGCUGAAGGCCAGUUCUUCCAAGUAAAAAAGGAGCGUCUUCGUUUCUUCAAGGAGAGCUAUCAGCCUCCAUGACACCUCAAGCAAUUGGAGAAGGACCUAAGACCCAAAGAUAAAGCAUUGAUGGAGCAAUAAUGUUAUAAGGACCAAAACACGAGUUUGGAGUGUUCUGCCUCCCCAGGUCGCGACAUGGAUUGCUGAGGUCACAACAUGACACUUAUGAAGUUGUGACCUGGUACCCCAAGUCGCGACCUAACACUCCUGAGGUCACGACCAGAAUGUGUUAAUGAAGCUGUGCGUUUUGGAAUAGGUUUCUGAGCUCCUACACUUGAGGGGGGCAGCCACCACAAAAGACACACUCCCAUUCUGUAGAUUUGCAGAGGGUUGAGCCACCAGCAUUUACUCUCAAGUCUUUAUUGAUCCUACACCCAAAACCUCCAUUUUUCUUCACCUCUUCAUCAUUUUCUACAUUUCUGAACCGAUUAAACCACUUCAACCACCUUCUUCUCCAUUUUUCCAACCCCAUUUUUAGUAUCAACCAUGGCUGUUCAUUCCUAAAGUGAUUGCGAUCGGUUUGAAGACAUGAGAGGCUAAACCCUUAGCCUUUUGGUAAUGGAAGACAAAGCUUGAGCUCAAGGACC